GCAGCCGGCGGGCUGGCGGUGCGGCCUGCGCCGCGUCCCUCGGCCGGCGCGCAGCCCGGGGGGGAGCUGGGGCCGCGGAGAAGAUGAGCGAGAGGGCCCCGAAGACUAAUGCAGAAAAUCAACAAGAACGUGGUCCUGGCGCUCCUGUCUCUGACCAGCCUGGUCUUCCUCCUCUUCCAGUUGUACUACUACAAGUUCUACCUGUCGCAGAAGAAUGGAGCAGUUUUUUCCAAAGUCAGAGGAAGCCAGUCGGGCCAAGACAGCACUAGAUGGCAUGUGGUGAGGAAGUUCCUAGGCUUAAUAUCCAGUCACAAUAUACCAGUGUAUUUGAUCGAUCCUUUGAUUCUGGGGCUGGUUGAUAAAGACAUUGAACAGAUCAGAAGCUCUCCUGAUGGCCCCAGUCCAGAAUGCAAGUACUUUUGUGCUCCAAGAGACUUUACUACAUUUGCACUACUGGACAAAACAUGGAAACCUGAAGUGGGCCUUUUUAGAACUGCUGAGAAGAUGGGGUUCCAGUGGCUAAAGAUUAUAAACAAGGACCCUCGCUUGGAUGGGAUGGAUGACUUGUCUGGGAUUGAAAUUCCCUUGCACUACAUAUUUAAACUGGCAUCUCAUGCUAUUCACCUGGUGGUCUUCUAUGAGAGGAGCGGUAAUUAUCUCUGGCACGGCCCCCUGAGGCUCAAGCAACAUAUGGACAGAAAGUUUGUGCCUUUCCGGAAACUCCACUUCGGUCGCUACCCUGGCGCGUAUGAAAAGCCAGAACUUCUGCUUGUUUCCAUUGAUGACUUAAAAGUUCAAAUUCCAAAAAAUCCGUCCAGUUUUCUAGAGGAGACGUCACACUCUAGAUUUCUUGAAUGUAGGUACAGAGAAGCUCGGGCUUUCUUUCAGCUCUAUCCUGAUGAUGCCUCCCUCGAUGCAGUGGAGUUCAGAAAAAAAGCAAAAUCCUUGCUCCAUCUGGCUGCCCUGACAUUGAAUAACUUAGGAGUAAAGUUCUGGCUGAGCAGUGGAACAUGCCUUGGCUGGUAUAGACAGUGCAACGUCAUUCCUCACAGCAAAGAUGUGGAUUUGGGAGUGUUUAUAAGGGACUACAAAGCAGAUAUCAUUCCAGCCUUUCAGAAAGCAGGGUUACCACUGAAGCACAAAUUUGGCAAGGUAGAAGACAGCUUGGAACUCUCUUUCCAGGGAGAAGGUGAUGUGAAACUUGAUAUUUUUUUCUUCUAUGAAGAGGAUGACUACAUAUGGAAUGGAGGAACUCAGGCAAAAUCGGGCAAGAAAUUUAAGUAUCUCUUUCCCAAAUUCACUCUGUGUUGGACUGAAUUUGUAGAACUCAAGGUACGCGUGCCCUGUGAAACCCUUCAAUAUGUUGAAGCCAACUAUGGCCCGGACUGGAAGGUUCCUGUGAAGACGUGGGACUGGAAGAGCUCACCAUCCAACGUGCAGUACAAUGGUGUCUGGCCUGUCGAUGAAUGGGACGAUGUCAUUCAAAUCUAUUGACCGCCUGACUGCUACGAGAGCACGCCUGCUGUCUUUGAAACUGUCAGUUUGUAAUUUCCUGCUUCCCAAAGGCAUCAGGAUCUGUUCCUUUUGUAACUUCUCAUCUGUUUCCCAAGGAGACAUUUACCUUCUUUUUUGCUUAACAGGUAUUUUUUUCACCUUCAGGCAUUUUCCAGGUAGUUAGAGGAAAUGAUUAAGGGCAACUGAGGAGAAAAAAAGCUGAAAGAAAAGCUGCAGAAAGGGAAUAGAGAUGAAAUGUUGCAGUAAACUUGUGGGUAGUUGACUAUUUAAGUGUAAGCAGUGCCACAUGGCUUAGACUUUCCUGGCAUCAUCAAAACCUUGGGACUGUUCGCUUCUUGAGCUUACGGGAGGGAUAGGAUGGGAAAAUCCCAGAGAAGUUCCUCUUUUUUUUCAGAGGAAAUCUGUGAGUAUUCAACUUUUAAACACCAGAGUUGUGAAUACCUUGAAUGUGCUUUAUUGGAGACUGAUACAUCCCUACAAUGUGCGACAGGUUGCUGUUGGGAGUGGAAUGUUUGUGUUACACAGAACUGGUGUGGCACACCUGCUUUAUCUGUAGGAGGCAUUGGGUAACAGUGUAGUACUAACGGAAUGGAAGGAGAAACUAUCCACAUCACACUCCUUCCAAUAACAGUUCAGUUUUUCCUGAGCUAACCACUGCAUGCAAUUAUGACAGGGAAUGUUAUUUGCUUUUUUUUUUUUUUCCUUUUUUAAGAACAUGAAGGUGUAUGCCGCAGGAAUGUCUUUCCCUAAAAAAUGAGUAAUCUGUUUUUUGACAGCCCAAUUAACGUGUUCUCCAUGUAAGAGUUUUAACCAGAUUUUAGAAAAUUAUAGCUAUCCCUGCUUUCUUAUAAGUAGAUAGAAAUGGAGGUAUUGAUGGUUUUCUGUUUAACGUGUGCUCACAGAACAGAGAUCUCAGAGACUCUAUCACAGCUCUCUCCUCUAAGUGUCAGCAGAAGUGUGUACAAAUACCAAAUGUUCCAUCAAAUUUGGGGUAGCAUAAUUGCAGGUGAAGUGUUAGUGUAACAGUAGGCUUUGGAUGGCAAGAGAGUGGAAACCCGACAGCUCUCUCCUGCUUGUGCUUUUGGUCAAUGAAGUGAGCUUGCUUGCUUCUUCAGUAUUUUGGAGACGGGUAAUAGCUUUCAUGUGAGCAGGUGUGUCCAGGUUUGUUCCAGCCCUGCUGUGCAGGGACAACGAGGACACUAGAGCUGCUAUAGUGAGUUAGGGCUGUAAUAUAUGGUACGGACCCAGGAGUUCCUGUGUCAAGGUACUGAAUGGAGCUGAUGUUCACUGGCAGCAAACCCGUAUCCAUCUUUUCCUUCCUGAAGCAGAAAGGCUGCCUGAGGGUGACGGCUUUUCCAUCUUACGCUGGGUAGAGGUAGGUUGAGUCUGUGGUUUGCGUUGUGUUGAUCCUGCAGUUUUCGGCUGCGUGUUCAAAUGCAGACACUUGUGGAGAGAUGAAAUAGCUACUGCCGUGCGGCGGUCCUACGACUGUACCAUUCCGUGUGCGCCCCGGGGCUUCCCUGCUGUGUUUGUCCUGGAGCGCGCUGCAUGCUUUUUCCUGCCAAUCCUCUCCCUUCCAGUGCUCUCUGGAGUAAAUUAUUCAGCUUCUGGCAAAAGCUCGUCAUGCUGGCUCUUCAAUUGGUAUGGUAACUUUGUUAGCUUUGCUUAAUUAAGGAGAGAGAGAUGAAAAAUCCUGCUAAUGGCAUUUACUCGGUAAAGUAAACGUUAAAACAUAAGGGAUAAUUUCUCAGGUAGAAUUUAUUUUAUUAUUUCCUUAAAAUGAAAAAAGCCAACAUCCUUGUGUUUUUUUGUGUUCAGAACUCUGUUGUUGUGAACUUCUUUGUUAAAUAACAUACAAUAAGCCUGUAAAUUUUUCAAAUGCGAUAGUAUCUUUUCAUUCACUCAAACACCUAUCAGAAAACUGUCAAUCCUGUCAAAUUUUUGACUUUGUAUUUCUAGAUGGAAAGACUAAUGGAAAAAAAUGCAUGUCCCUGAAGGGAAGAAUGUCAUAAAUAUUUGAUGAUACCUGUAAGUUAUUCUUCAGGUUAAAAUAUUUUCUCUUCAGAAGAUACAAAUGUAUAUUUAACACUGAUUAAAAGAAGGAGAGUCUAAUUUGCAGCUCAUGAUGUUGUUUCAUCCUUUGUUUUGUCAUCUUGGGCAGCAUUUAACACAUUCAUUGCAGUUACCAUGACAGAAUGCGCAAAGAAAAAUUUUAAACUGUUUCUUACACUGCUUAUUGACUGUCUGCCUUGAGCUUUUAUCUUUUAAUAAAGGUACUUGGACACAACAA